AUUAGUGCCUGCGAGUUUUUCUCCCGGCUUUUUGCCUUUUAAUUUAUACAUCCUCAACACAUUUCCUUGUUUUCCCGGAAAGACACGGAUUUUUGGAUAAAUUGAGGAACAAAAUCUGUUUAGAGAGAAUUCGUGGAGCUUAUAAUCCUGUAUAAACAUCGGUUACCGACUCUGUCAGCUGUAUGGGACAUGCCCUCUACCAAACAGGCAGAAAAAGAUCGCUUGAUCAACGAACUUCCGAAGGUAAGAGAGUCAUUCUAUUCCACUUGCUGCCUCGCAGCAUGAUAAAGCUUUUAAGAUGCGUUUGUUAUGGUUUGCGUUAAAAAUGAAGAAAGUUGCAACUUGGUCAAAGCAAGCUAGGCAAGGAAAUGUCCAACUAUUUUUAACUAUUUUUGAUUAUUAUCUGUUAAAUGAUCUACAUCACAGUUUAUAUUCAAUUUGUUGCUACUCUUAGCUCACAGUUGAAUAUCAGGAAUUUUGCUUCACGGUUAUGGUAAAUUCAAUUGUUCAUGGUUCUUUCAUGUGGGCCAUUUAAAAUGUACAGAUGUCCACUCAGGGGCACCCAACGAGAAUAUAGUCAAACCCACUUAAACAUAGAAUUGUUAAACGUUUUUUAGUAUUUAAACGGUAGAUAUACGCAUAUUUUUAUCCCCUAAAAAUGUUUCAUCUGUUCGGAUUUCCUAGCUGAAAGUCAAUUGAUCCGAAAAUUAUAGGGAUCAAAACUUACCUUUUCGAAAAUUUCAGCCAGAAAAAAGGCUCCCGAAAAUUCUAGGUGACCUUUUUAGGGUAAAAAUCCAUUAAAAAUAGGCAAUUAUACCAUUUUUUAGAUGUUCGAAAAUCCUAGGAGAGGCAGGCAGGCAAGAAAUUUUACAACAAAUGUUCCGAAAAUUCUAGAUCUCAAAUCGUCUUCCGAACAGAUAUUUUUCCGAAAACUGUGGUUGGGUGCCCUGUCCACUGAAGUUUACUUUUCUGUAAUUAAUUUUAUAUUGAAAUAAGGACCAGUCUGCAUAGCAUUUGCUAUUACAACUGCAUACUUAAGUUUUAUUUUCCUUUGGUUAAGCUUUUCUUACAACCCCAUUCGUUAAUUAUGCAUGUAGCGAUUACAUACUAUUUCACACAAUUAAUAGUUACACAAAUAGAGUUGAAAAAUGUUUGCAUAAUAAAUGAACGGGGCUGUACGGAAAUCUUACUUUUUCCGUCUUUUCUCAGUUUUAACAUGCCUAUUGUGCACACCAAAAUUUUGGCAUUACAUGCAGCUCAAACCCUAUUAGGAUGGCACUGAGAAACUAUAGAAUUUAAUAGUAUAGCAGUCUAACAGCUCAGUUGCACCCACUGAGCACAUGGAACAAAAUUACCUCUGCAAGUGCAGAUAAUUCUUUUUAAGUUCUACCAUGAAUAGAAUAUAAAGGAGGAAAACUAACACUCCAAGUCCCAAUUGUUUAAAUGUUGAAUAGGGACACCUACCCGAUACAUCACAACUGGGGCCUGUAAGAUGUGUAUUUAAGAUCAAUGUAACAGCUCUUUGACAAUCAAAAUUAUUCACUAAUUUUGAGGUUUGCAGGGAAAUGUGAUGUUUGGGGGUGGGGCAUGGGACCUCCUAGUAUUGUUAUACGCACUAUUUCAAUAGAAGCACUGAUUAUUGGAGUAAAGCACUGAGUGUUUUAUACAUCUGAGCAUACCAUCCUGCAUACACAUGUAUUACAUGAAUAACUUUAUCCAACAUCCUUAAAUCAUAAAUGGGCAUGCUUGAAAGCAUCUGUAUUAUUUACCUGUGCAAAGUACAUAUUGUUUAAGCAAUAGAAAACAUUUUCCGUGUUUGCAUAGCUUGAUAUAAACACGAGAGGGGUUGGGAGAAUUUGAGACAGUUAUGCAUAACGAGGGUUUGCAUAACUGUCGAGAAUUCUCCCAAUCCCUCUCGUGUUCAUAUCAGGAUAUGUAAACACAGAAAAAAGGUGGCUAUUGCUUUUAUAAAAUAACUUUCCUGAGAAAAAAAGCAAAACUGUCUUGUUUAGAGCACUGAUGAAAAGACAAAUUCUUACCAGUCGCGAAGUCUUGUACACAAAGCUUGUACGCGUAAUCAGUCCUUGUUUUGCAAAAAACAUGCUUUCCAAAAUACGGUUUUUUUCUCGCUUAAAAUGUCAGCUCAAGCGAAAAAAAAUUGACACAGCAUGUUUCUAAAGAUUUUCCAAGUUUCAGCUGACGAGGAAAUGGGUGAAUAAAGUAAACUUGUCGAGGUUUUCAACUCAAAACCUUUUUCAAAUUCAUGCUUGUGUGAUUAGCGUGCAAAAAGCAAAACAUCUUGAUGUGACAAUAAGUUUACAUACUCUCAUGCAAACACGCCUCUCGGCCAAUCAGAGCACGCGUACUAUCUUAGUUAUUUUAUAAACUGUAAUAUGUUUGAUCAAAUUCAGUUUUAACCUGUUGAUUAAGGGUGGCUUAUCUUUUCCUUGAUGUAGUUCUAUGCAGCAGAUGCAGCACCGAGACAGGCUCUUCAUUUUCAUUCAAAAGUUAGGGAGGCAUGCUCCACAGGAAACACUGGAAAUAUAUCGUAAGUCUACCCUUAAAGAGGAACAGAAUAUCUUUUACACGAGUUCAUAUACAAUGUGGAGGUUGUUUAAUACUGAGUCACAGAAUGAUAGUGAAAAUAUUAUACACAAGAUGAAAUAGACCAUCUCUUUAAUUCAAUUGUGAUCCCUAAGUUAUUAUACGGUCUUUCAGUUUAUGCUGCAAGUGUUUCCGAACUUACUGUUAUACAAAGGUUUUUAAAAAGAUGCUAUAAGAGGCGUUAUACGUCGGUUAAUUACAACAUAUAUGAACUUCUGGAGAAAAGUGACAGGCGCCUUUUUUAUAACCUCAAACACGAUGACCAUCCAUUAAAAGGCUUGCUCCCAAGGUACAAAGACUGUAUUGUAAACCUUCGUAGGAAAUCCAUUGUUAGGCCCAGCAUUAACACUGAACGUUUCAAAGAUAGCUUUUUUAAUAGAUUGAUUUUUAAAUAUAAUCUAGCUGUGUAAAUACCCCAUAUGUAUUUUUAAUCAAUUUAAUCUUCUUUUUUUAUUUAUUCAUCUUGAUCAUUGUAAUUUUUUUUCUGUCAAUAUAUAUUUUUACUGUAACAUCAGAUAUGUAAUUUUAUCGGAUGCUUUUUAAUAAAGACGUUGUUAUUAUUAUUAUUAUUAUUAUUAUUAUUGAAAUGUUAUCUGUAAAUGAGUGGAAAUAUUAGUGUUAUUAAUAACACUAUUCAUGCAAAGAUCUUCCUUUUCCAAUUCAAUCAUCACUCUUUUUGUUUCUUUUGAUUUUCAAGUUUUCAUUGGCCAGUUAAUUCAUAAUGGUGUUUAACAAUAAAUACCAUAUCAUAAGAAAGUUCUUUGAAUAGAUUGUCUACUCUGGAAAGGCUUUAUGUACUGUACUCAACUUUGUGCUAUCAUAGAGUCAGCUCUGGACAUCCCAUACACACAGUUUCUUUGAAUACCUUAUUGGCACUUUAUUCUGUGGGUCUUUAAUGUUGUGAUUGUAAAAAAAAAUUGAGAAAUUAAAGACCCGCGAAAUUAAAUCCUUGUGAAUUUAAUCACGCAAAAUUUAACAGCCAUAUAGAAAAUUUACACUGUAAGUACCUGUGAAUACCCAUUAAAUUAAUUACCAAUAAGACAAUUAUUUUUACUAUAUCCUUCCUUGCAGUGAUUAUGAUGAUGAUGAUAAACUUUAUUCAUGUGUCGAUAUAUUUAGCUGACGCUAACUGGGGACACAACAUAAAGAUAAAAUAUAUAAUGAAUAAUAUGAUAAAUAAUAGAUAAGAAAUAAAAAAGCUUUAAAAAAAGCUAUUGUAUAAUUUACAAUAUGCUAAAAUAAUAAAAACAAUUCUAGGAACACGGGCACAGCUUAAGAGGUACAAAUUAUGUACGCGGAGCAAUUGUUGCCAUUUAUCAGUUCAGGAAGAUCCUUACAUCUAAUAUGAAACUUAAACCUAGAUAGGCUGCUCAUUUCAGUGAUGUUUUUAUCUAGCUUGUUCCAUAAAAAGGGUCCAAGAUAUCUAAGAGACUGUUUACCAUUCAAUACAGAAUUAAAUCUAGGAAUAUCAAAAUUUUGAUUUCUAAAAUUAUAUUUACAAGACUUAGUACUGAAAAUGUCACAAAUGAAAUCAGGAACUAGCCUAUAUUUAACUUUGUACAUGAGUAUAACUAUGUCUGGUAAUCUCCUAUUAAGAGGGCUUGGUAGUUUAGCACAAUCUAAUAAGUUCAUAUACAUUUCUGAAUGUGAGUUAUAAACUAUCCUUAUAGUGCCCGCUCUUGAAUUCUUUCAACCUUUCUUGUAUCCGACGCAUUACAGAAAUGCCAUGUGAGAUGACAAUAGGUGAGAUAUGGCAUGAUAGCAGUUUUAUAAACUAAUAGUUUAGUCUCCUUAGUAAUUAGGUUUAGUCUCCAUAGUAAUUAAGUCUUAUCACUUAAAUGCAAUUUGCAGGUAAUUACAUUUUAUAAUAAUUUGUGAAACUGUACAUUACUAUUCUUAUUAUGAUUAAUCGUAAAAUGUGAUCAAAAUUUCUAUACAACUGCAGCAAAUCCACACAGCGAUGAUGGUGUUGAAGGGUUUCUUCUUUUUUUCCUUUUUACCACUAAUAGACUGAAGGUGGCCAAAUCAAUCAUUGUUGGUGACAGUGGCGUUGGAAAAACAUGUCUAGUGAACAGGUUGGUCUAUGAAUUCAGCUGUACAUGUAUUGUAUAAACUGUGAAGUGACAGUGUACUCUGGUUUUAAUUUUUUAAAACCUUGCAAACCGGUGCAUGACACUCCUUGGUGGUAUGUGGCUGAUUGUUAGAUACAGUAGAUGCACCCAGAAUACAGUCUAUAUAUACCACUGACAGUAAAAAUAUAUAUCCUUAAACCAUGCCCUCCCUAAUUUCUCUCCCUAAUUCUCUAUCUAUCUCUCCUAACUCCUUACCCCCGCUGCACCCCCAUAAACAAAAAAAAGAAAAAAUGCUUGAUCAUAGGUCUAGUUAAGUACAUUUCUCAAGUUGACAGUGAGUGUUUGUUUGGCAGGUACUGUCGUAACUUAUUUGACAGAGACUACAAAGCAACCAUUGGCGUAGAUUUUGAGGUUGAACGAUUCAUGAUUCUUGAUCAAGAGUUUAACAUGCAAAUGUAAGAAGCACAUCAAAAUUCCGUACCUUGUUGUUGUUGUUGUUCAAGAAAAAAAGCAUAUAAUUCUCUUACUUUUUUCAAGUAGCUGUCAUUAUGCAGUAAAGGAUUGUUUUGACACAUUGCUAUGAUCACUUAAUCACUAGGUUCACCAAGCAAAUACCUUUUGUGGGGUUUUAAUUAUUUUAGGGAUUUCAAUAGGCAAAUAUGAAAAAGGGCUUUAAUUUUCCAGAAUAUUAAAAUUUCAAGAUUUUACAUGCAGAAUCGCAAACUUUCGAAAUCUGACAUGCAGGAUUAUUUAUAGAUUUAACAUACAGAAUAUUGAAAUUUCAAGAUUUGAUAUGCAUUAAUAUCUUGAAAUUUCACAAUUUGACAUGCAGAACAUUGAAAUUUGAAGAUUUGUCAUGAAAAAUAAUAUUAUAUUGAAAUUUCAACAUAAUUUUUAGUAGUCAUAGCAACCAAACAAUCAUACACUAUUUAUGGAAACCAACCUUAAGUUAAACAGAAUGCACAAAUUCAAAUGCAAGCACUGUGGCUGUUUUAUAUAAUAUACACUUUGAAUCAUACAGUUAGAGUUAUGUAGCAAAUCACAUAUCGUUUGGUUUUGGUGAAAUGUAAUGAUAUGAGCAUCACUGCAUGUUGCAGUUGGGAUACAGCUGGGCAAGAAAGAUUCAAGUGCAUGGCAGCAUCUUAUUACAGAGGUGCUCAUGGUAUGUUAUAUAAAUAGAAAACUGAGCAGUCAAAGAAUUCAACUGGUCUGAACACAUUAGGGGAGCUUAAGGAAAGACGUUUUUGACAGACACAUGUCAACCAGAAGUCGCCUUCCCCCGCCUUUUAAUAUCCCUUGAGGCUACCAAUUUUUUAUUGCUCGGUUUGUUUCUCUUCCAUAGAGACAAUCUGCUCAAAAAUUUAGGCAAAACCACUGCCAAAGAAUGCAAAAACUGCACUUCCAGUUGACAUGUGUCACUCACAAACGUCUUUGCUACCCUAUACUAGAGUAAACUCCCCAAAUCCCCCUUAUCCUAGAAUAGCUGCUUUCCAGAAACUACUGAGGUCACCAGCACAGUAGUCUAGCCAAAACAAAACCUAGUUAUUCCACAAUCCCGAGUCUAAAUAAGAUCUUCAACCAACUGAUCAGUUUCCUGAAAAAUGAUACCCUAUUCCAGACCUAAACGCUCUGAUUUAUAUACCCUAUCCCAGAGUAAACUGCUUGAAAACCAUACCCUUCACAGCGGCACAUACCUAUAUAGCCCAUAUAUGGCAGUCCCCCCCACCCCAGGGUCUUUGCUUAAGCUCUCUAUUGAUUUCAGUCUUCUAAGUCAAGACAAAGUUGUCACUGAGUAGCUCCUAGAGCCAGCCUGUCCUCUAAGAGAAAUUGAAGGGAGCACAAGUGUCAUCAAAGAGCUAAUUGUGAAAAAUAAGACAUUCAAUCAAUGGUGAUGCAGUGGUGAAAGCACUCACCUUCCACUAAUGUGGCCCAGGUGCAAAUUCCAUGGUCAAUACCAUGGUUGACUUUGUUGUUGGUUCUCUCCUUUGCUCAAAGAGCUUUUUUUCUCUGGGUUCUCCGGUUUUCUCAUCUCCUCAAAAACCAACAUUUCCUCAUUCCAGCUGUUUGAUCAGGAAUCAGGUAACCAACGAACUACUGAGAGGAUGUGCUACUUCUAAGUCAUUAUUUAUUUCAAUAAUUAUACAUUUAUUUAUUUAUUCAUUUCUUUAAUAUUGUUCAUGUAUGUACACUUAUAGUUUUUUCAUUUUCUUGCAGUUAUUGUUUUAGUGUUUGAGCUGACAAACGUCAAGUCCCUCUACAAUACAAAGUAAAGUAAUUCUCUUUGCUCUCUGAUGUUGUUGUAAUUUUGUAAAUUAGCUUACUUUUGUUUGGUUGUUUAUAAAAGCACGUACAUUAAAGGUCUCACAACGUUUUCUUGUGUUAUUCAGACAAUGGCUGGAAGAGGCUUUGGAGCAAAACUCAACGACAUUUCCUGAAAUUUUCCUGGUUGGUUCAAAAAAAGAUCUGUGUGUAAGUAUCUUUCUUUCCUUUUUCUUUAAUAUGCUUAUUUAGACGUUCAUAUAAAGGAUAAAGAUGAGGAUCCAAAGCCUUCUUAAAGAUAAUGACUAGAGCCAUUUGCUUUGCUACUGACUCAGAAUCCUGGUUCUUUUUUCAACUGUAGAAAGCUAGUGAUGUUUCUCAGAUGGAGAUGAAGGCUUUAAAAGUGGCGGAAGAGUUAAAUGCUGAAUACUGGAGUGUUUCUGCUAAAUCAGGUGCUUAUAUCUGUUAUUAUAUUACCAAUAAAGCAUGCUCAUAGAGGACUGUGUAACGCAAGGGCGGAGGGUGGGAGGUUAACAUAAACUCUUCAGCAGUGGCAUCGAUAUUCUCUCGUUCCUAUUACGAAUUCGUUUAGACUUAAGGUAUGUUGAAUGUUGUUAAUAUUAGCCUCAGUUAAAAUAAGAGAAACAGAACUGACGAGGCCAUUUUCGAGUUCCAAAAACGCUCUUUUCAAAACGAGGCUAACUUAUGGUUCUAUUCCCCGAUAAACGUUUGAGUUAUAUAUUUUAUAUAUUUUUAUGCAUUUUAUGCUCCUUUUCCUUUUUUCCCUUCGACGCGAAGAUCAGUUUGCUUUUCUUUCUUCUAUUUUUCUUAUCCCGAAAAUCACGAGGACAUGACCGGCGUUGUCAUGGCAAAUGAUUCCUUUUCGGAUCUUCUGUUUUUUGGUAAUGAAGCACGGUAUCAGCGGUACCCAACGUCAAUUUUCGGAAAAUAUCUGUUCGGAAGACGAUUCUGAGAUCUAGAAUUUUCGAAACAUUUUUUGUACAAUUUGUUGCUUGCCUGCCUCUCCUAGGAUUUUCGAACAUAUAAAAAAUGGUAUAAGGUCACCUAGAAUUUUCGGGAGCCUUUUUUCUGGCUAAAAUUUUCGAAAAGGUAAGUUUUGUUCCCUAUAAUUUUCGGAUCACUAAACUGUCAGCUAGGAGAUCCGAACAGAUGAAAAAUUUUUAGGGGAUAAGAAUAUGCCUAUAUCUACCGUAUAAACGGUAAAACACGUUUAACAAUGCUAUGUUUAAAUGGUUUUGAACUAUAUUCUCGUUGGGUGCCCCUGCGGUAUCCAUAUGAUCUGAGAUCACCAAUCUCUCUUUGUAUUCUCCCCAAAAACGCACCCUAUGAUUGUUGCUAUUUUCACAUUGCAAGAUUUUCUGGCGAUCUUUACAGGACCAAGGUUGACAAUACAACUGGGUCGUAUAUUUUUACGUCUGCUACUGGAGACCGGGCCGCCAUUUUACGUGAUCGUCUUAGCCAAGCGAAUUUCGAACCGUUGGCAGAGCAAAGGCAGUAUCUUCAUUCCUCAGUUAUUUUAAGACCCUGAGUAUUGGUACUAACCCGGAAGUCGAACCGUUCACCUCCCCCUCUGAAGUGAAGCGCUCUACCAAUUGAGCUAAUCCUACCGCGGUAGAUGGAUGUAGACUGUUUACGUGCAAAUAUAUGUUUUAGAAAACCAGUUAAAAAGCUACGUUUCCAUAUCACUAACGGAAAAUAAGAACACGACCAAAAUAAUUUUCCGAUACUUGUUUUCCUCAAGAAGUAUCCGACUUUUUUUUCGCAAAUUUGGCUCAAGGCAUUACCUGCACCCACCCUUUGAAACCGUUAUCACGAAGCACGAAUGCGUGAUUAAAGACGGUGACGGUAUUUAACUCUUAACGCCCAAUAGCCACGUGCAAAUUCUCCAGGCCGACCUCCUUACACUUCCUUAAAGAAUAAGUUGAGUGAAUUUAAUAAGCGACGAAAGCAUUUUCCCUUGGGUGAUCAUUGUGUUAAUUCUAAUAACCUUUAAUCUUUAUGAUAUGUGGAUAUUGUAUGGAGAAAACUGACGUUGGUCAGUCUUGGGACUUAAAGAGUUGUAAUAUGCUCCUAGGUGAAAAUGUGAAGGAGUUUUUCCGUCGUGUGGCAGCAAUAACAUUUGAGCAGGCGAUUCUGCGAGAGCUUGAGUCCCAGGAUGCGAGAACAGGCAAACUGCAAAUCGGGUCAGGAGGUGUUCUAAGUGAGUAGUAUGUGUAUCUAUCUAACUAUUAGCAGUAUGGCCUUUUCAUUUACAUAUUUCUUUGCCUUGCAAGAGCAGGAACAACGUCCGUGCAGUGCAAUAUACUUGCUACGCAAUUAUACAGUGGGAAGCACGGUAGCACUGUGAUAAGUGCGCCGGUCUCGGAAUCGAGAGGUCCGGGUCGAGCUGCGCGUGACAUUUUACCCUCUAAGUGUCCGACUCCAGCCAGAUGAAUGAAUGCAUAACUGGGUGCUGGCAAAUUUGAUGCUACGAUCUAUGAGCAUCCCGUCCAGGGGGGAGUAGAACUAUUCCUAUUCCCUUAAUGCUAUGGAAAGCUGGUUAGCUUAAGUUCUAGCCUGAUGGACUACUUGGCCUGAAACCAGACCUUUUUUUCCUUACAACAAAUUAACAUUGCCUUGCUUUCGGCCUUAGAGUUCGUAAGUGAAAGCAAGCUGUGUGCAAACAGUCUGUUUGCGAGAAUUGUUUUGUGGUUACUUUGUAAGUUACGCCUUAUGCCCUUUUAAAACCUCACACUAUUAUAAGUGCAGCAAAUAUAUUUGACGAAGGGACGGGGCUAUUUCAUUGUAGGAGUUGAGAAGAAAAAGAAAGAAGAAGAAAAGCCGCAAAAAUCAAAAUGCUGUUCUGGGGGUCGUGGACUUUAACCCCGAAAGGCAUGCGCAACUAAUAUCAACACAGCUGGUCUGUGAUAUUGAGGGCGCAUGCGCGUGUUAACCCAGAAGUGAUUGGUGAUGAUGAACGAUACUCAAUUCUGCGAUGAAAAUUAAAAACUACAGAGAAGAAAUUUACAACAGUGCUACCAGCUAUGAUCUCAGCAUCUAAUUGCUAUAAUUAUCGCUUCUAUGUUCUUGCAAAUGCGCAGUGAUGUUGUAAGUGCGCUGGGAAUGUGCGUAUGUCAGCUCAUUUGCCUUUGAUGCUUUCCAAAUGAAAACACAGACUCGCAACAAAUGGAG